UCAAACAAAAAAAAAAAAAAAAAAAUGGAGAACAUGAAAUACGCAGAGGAGCUCGUGAGAGAAUUCCUGUUCUUCAGAGGCUUCACAUCCACUCUACAAUCAUUCGACAAAGAAUUAGCAACCGAUAUCGGCAAAGAUUUCCACAAAGACAAAAUCUUUGACCUAAUUUUCUCACUAUACAUUCCUAAAUUUCAGCCAGAUAAUCUAAUCUCCCUGCUCACCUUUUUCAAGCAAUGUUUUUCCUCGUCAGAAACCCUUUUAAUUUCUACUUUAUCCAAGUUAGAGAUCUCUAUUUUAAGAUAUUACAUCGUUAAUUGUGUAAAGUUUGGAAGAAAUGACAAGAUUAUCGAGUUUUUUAAGGUUUAUGGGGAUGAUUUGAUUCGAAAAGAUCAAGAUUGGAUGAUUUGGUUUGGGAUUGGGUAUAUGAAGAACCCUAAUUUGGAUCCUCUGUUUCGGGUGUAUUUUUCGAAGGAGUGGUUUGAUGCGUUGAAUCUUUCUGUUAGGAAUUUCUUGAGUGAGAUUUUUAAUGGAAAUCGCAUUCCGGCAUUAUUAAAGAUCAGUUCAGAGAAACAUACCGUCAACCAUCUUAAAAACGACAUCAAGCAUCUUAAUACUAGAUUGUCACAGCUUCAAGCUUUGUUGGAGGAGAAAGAGGCUCAGUUAAGUCAGUCAAGGAGUAAUAUUUUAACCGCUCGCCAACUAAGCAUUAGUGGGAACGGUGAUUCUCCGCGCUCUACGGUUGAGAGUCGGUCAACUGGUUUGCAUAAAGAACUUACUGUUUCGUCCAGUGACCCGCAUCCGUCUAGGAGGCAGUCCUUGGGUAAGGAUGUUGUUCUACCCGAGGAUCAAGAUGCAAGCCCUGCAACAAACAAUUGUGAUGGAAGUGAUGAACUUCAGCAAGAAGAAGAUUUCCCGGAAGUGAAAGUAGAUUUCCAGGAGACUUUUUUGGGCCACACAAGUCCAAUUAGUUGUUGCAGGUUUUCUACAUCCGGCGAUAACAUUGCAAGUGCUUCUGUCGAUGGCACUGUCAGGAUAUGGACAUACGACUCCUCAACUUCCGCAUCAAGAAACGCAACCAUUUAUUGUGGGGCCGAGAUCAUGUCGCUUGAAUGGGACUGCAAAUCUGACCGAUUGCUUCUCAUAGGCACGGCUGAUGGUGGUAUAAAAGCAUGGAACGUUGAUGCAAAAAGAGUUGUUUGUGAUCUCAGUACAACCAGUGAAUUUCCAAGUGUGGUGGACCUAAAAUGCAGCCCCGUGGAACCAAUAUUUGUGUCUGCCGCAGCAUCACGAGGGCAUGGCUCAAGUUACAUUGAUAAGUUGGGAUUUGCAUCGUUAACCGUGUGGAAUAUGAGAACGUGGAAGCCAAUGGCAGUCCUUCCCCUUGGGAAAGAUCCACCUGCGAUCACAUCACUGUGCUUCAACCACAACGGGAAGAUAUUAGCAGCUGCCGCAACUGAUGGAAUGAUUCACAUGUUUGAUAUGUCUGCGGGCCUGCAAAUUACGGGCUGGCCAGCCCAUGACUCUGCAAUCAGCUCGGUUCUUUUUGGGCCCGAUGAGACUAGCAUUUUUAGCUUGGGUAUAGACGGAAAGGUGUUUGAGUGGAGCUUGCAAAAUCAGGGUAAGGUUCUCUGGUCAAGAAAUUGCCACAGGUUCUGUAAUCCGGAGAAUUCACAAAACUAUAGACAUGAAAUGGCUCUGGAUGCAAAUGGUAAACGACUUCUGGUGACAUCCGGUUCGGUCAGAGCACCAAUAUAUCAGGUUCAAGAUAAUACGAACGGAAUGAAAACACUUGCUCAUAGUGCACCCAUAUCAACAGUAGAUUGGCACCCGACCCUGCCCAUCUUCUUGACAGGAUCGGUUGAUAACUCGGUUCGGGUCACAUCCAUCUUAUGACGCGCUUCAGUUUGUUGAAUGUGGUUUCCUUUCAGUGUUUUGUGUGCUUAGUUUUUUUUUUAUAGAAAAGGGUUUUUUUUUUCUCUUAAUAUAGAGGUUAUCAUUUUCGUUUGGCGGUUGAUGUUUUGAUUGAUUAAAAUUCAAAACCCGGCGACCUGAGAAACUAGUUUGCCGAUUCAAAAUCGGGUCGACUUGUAUGGUUUAUGCAAGGUACAUGUGUAAUAUUAAUUUAAAAUAGAGUGUGAUGGGUUAUUAGACUCAUCAAGUCUUUUGUUUGUGUAAUAUUUAGUUUUAGUUUUUAAUUUGAUUACAAGAAGUCAAAUUUGUGUUUUCUUGAGUUUUAAACUUCAUUAAAAGAGGUUAUGUGUUGGUUAU